CAGUCUCUACAGAGUCAUAGUCGAGCAUAAUCUCCUGAACAAAAAUGUGACUUGUCGCCGCGCAGAUGCAGAGCCGCCAUGCAGGGACCUGCUUCCCUAUCUCGAUUAAUUGACACAUUGGAAAGAAAAACAAUUGGGGAAAAGGAAGAAGCUUGAGCCAUUGGAAAGAGAAUCAAAACGCUGAGAUCAUCUUCGGAGAGAAUCAAGCGGAAAGGGAGAAGCCGAGAAGACGACGAAGUCAUGCCGAGCGCAAGAAAAAUACAACCAAAACGCGCUCGCGAGCGCGUGAGUUGCCCUCCUCGUCCUCGUAGAUUAAGUCCUCUUCCCCGAGUCAAUUCCUGCUUUACACGCUCGAAGCAAGGAAUGGUUGUAAGGACUCUUGAUUUCCCAAUUUCCCAUUUCAAGCUGCGCUGUUUCUGUUUUCUUUUUUCUUUUUAAUAAUCGAUUUCUACUUCUCAACAAUGAUAAUGGGUUUGAUUUUACAGCUCAGAUCCUCAUCAGCUGCCAUUAUAAUAAUCUUUUAGCAAAUGGAUUUCUUAUUUUCUCUCCACUUUUUCUCACUGUAGAUAGAUUUUCUGUGUAAUCCCUCGAAUGGGUUUCGUUUUUCUUAUUCAUUUAUUAUAAUAAUCAUUUGUGGGUAUCUAUGUAUUUUUCUAAUCUACGUUAUUGUUCUUUACUACAUAGCAAUCCUGUCUCCAUCAGACCCAUCUGUUUUUUCAAAACCCUAGUACCAAAUUUGGAAUCUUUACCCCAACUUGUACCCAUUUUUGCUGUGUCUUGCACGCCAACACGGUGGAAUUCUUAUCUAUUUCAGAAGUUCGGAUCAUCUUCUGUCUCUGUUUCAGGUGUUUGCUUAAUGGCCGAACCGGGGGGUCCUAGGUUGUACAGCUGCUAUAAUUGUAGAAAUCAUGUCUCUCUUCACGAUGAUAUAAUCUCCAAGGCUUUUCAGGGAAGGAAUGGACGAGCCUUUCUUUUUUCGCACGCAAUGAACAUUGUCGCGGGGCCUAAAGAAGACAGGCAGCUCACGACUGGUCUCCACACUGUCGCUGAUAUCCAUUGUGCCGAUUGCCAAAAGGUUUUGGGUUGGAAGUAUGUGCGAGCUUAUGAGUCAUCACAGAAGUACAAGGAAGGGAAGUUCAUACUCGAGAAGUCAAAAAUCGUUAAGGAAAACUGGUAGCUCCUCACCAUCAGUUUCCUCAUUUGAUUUGUCCUACUGUUGAUUCAAGUGUGUGAAGUGCUUGCUUGCUAAUGUUCAUCCUGUACAGAAACUUCCUACUCAAUUGAAAAUUGGUCAUUGUUUCUAGCUGCUUAUACUUGCUAAGUGCUGUUUCUGAAAGUUGUUGAUGUUGGAAUACUAACAUCUAAUCUCAAUAAAAUUGUGUUGCUCAAA